CCUAUAAGAAAAGGAUUUUAUUUUUAAUUUUUGAUUAACGUAAGAGAAAUAGAAAUUAAAAUAUAAAUAAAACGGAUUUGAUCUCAAUCAAAAGCUAAAUAGAAGACUGAUUUCAAAAAAAUUCGUCAAUUUGUAGAACGAACGUUUAUAAACUGUAAGAUUGUGAUUGAUUGUUGUCAAAAUGUUAUCACGUUUCAUUACUUUAUAUUUGCUAAUUUAAUCGCGAAAUAAAAAUAAUUGAAAGAUAUUAUAAAACUUUUUAUUUAGAAAUUUUAUAUAAAUUUCUGAAUAAAUUUUCAAAAUUUCUGUAUAAUUUCAUAAACUUCUUACGACAGAUUUUUUAUAUAAAUUUGAACAUUUUUCAGAAGUGAAGAGAAACUCUACAUCUUUUCUAAAAUUCUUUAUACAUGUACUGCUCAUUUAUUGUAACUCUAACAACAUAACUCUAAAAACAAGAAAUAAAAGUUAUUCAUGUAGCUCUUUACAGUGCAUUAGAUUCUUGUUAAAAUUUUUUUUUGCAAAUUAUUAAACAAUUCAAAAAUUAAAAUUUUUUAGUUAUAUUUUUAUUAUAGCAAAUAAGCGACAUGUAAAUUCUGAAAUAUUCUCAAAUUUCUCACACUUUAAAUUUAAAAAAAAGCUGAGAAAGUUUAAUGUAUUUCUUUAGAAAUCUUCCUAAAUUUAAAAUAUAAAAAACUCUUAAAAAUAUUAAAUAUUACGAGAAUUCUCUCUCUUUGCAUCAAAGAACGAUUAAUAAAAUCAAUUGAUGUGAAUUAAAUACUUCGGCGUAUUGACAUUGUUAUAUACUUUAUAUAGUGUAUAUUUUUUAUGAGUGUGUGCGUUGACAAUUGUUCUACACUCAAUUAAUUAACGCAGAAACGAAAUCUUUUUAAGGAUGGCAAAAAAGAGGGAAUGCAUAUCCAUCCACAUAGGGCAAGCGGGCGUGCAAAUGGGAAACGCUUGCUGGGAGCUUUAUUGUCUGGAACAUGGUAUUCAUCCAGAUGGACAGAUGCCAUCAGAUGUUACCAUUGGUGGAGGAGACGAUUCCUUUAACGCGUUCUUCUCCGAAACGGGUUCAGGAAAGCAUGUCCCACGAGCAGUUUUGAUCGAUCUCGAGCCUACGGUAGUAGACGAAGUGCGUAUGGGCACUUACAGGCAACUAUUCCAUCCGGAACAAAUGAUUACCGGGAAGGAAGAUGCGGCUAAUAAUUACGCCAGAGGUCAUUAUACAAUAGGAAAGGAGAUCAUAGAUCUCACUCUAGACAGAAUCCGCAGACUAACGGAGCAAUGUAAAGGUUUGCAAGGUUUCUUAAUCUUCCAUUCGUUUGGUGGUGGCACGGGAUCUGGAUUUUCGAGUCUGCUUAUGGAACAACUGUCCGCUGAUUACCCGAAGAAAAGUAAACUGACUUUUAGCAUUUAUCCAGCGCCACAGGUAUCGACUGCGGUAGUGGAACCUUACAACGCAAUUCUGUAUACUCAUCCGACGUUAGAGCACAGCGAAGUGGCUUUCAUUGUAGAUAAUCAGGCCAUUUAUGAGCUGUGCAGAAGGAACUUGAAUAUCGAUCGACCAACCUACACGAAUCUGAAUCGGUUGAUUGGACAAAUAGUAUCAUCCAUCACCGCCAGUUUGCGAUUCGAUGGAGCCCUGAAUGUCGACCUCACCGAAUUCCAAACGAAUUUAGUGCCUUAUCCACGUAUCCACUUUCCGCUCGCUACGUAUGCCCCUGUUCUGUCAGCGGAGAAGGCCGGUCACGAGAGAGUGACUGUCUCGGAAAUAACAAACUCCUGCUUCGAACCGAAUCACCAAAUGGUGAACUGCGAUCCGCGCAUGGGAAAGUAUAUGGCGGUAUGUUUGCUAUACAGAGGCGAUGUGGUACCGAAGGAUGUCAAUGAGGCGAUUGCGAUGAUAAAACGGCAGAAGCAUGUGCAAUUCGUCGAAUGGUGUCCGACCGGAUUCAAGGUGGGAAUAAAUUACCAACCACCUACCGUUGUACCGGGCGGAGAUCUCGCGCGGGUGGAAAGAGCGGUGUGUUGUCUCUGCAACACAACGGCGAUCGUGGACGCAUGGGCCCGACUCGAUCACAAGUUUGAUCUCAUGUACGCCAAGCGAGCUUUCGUCCAUUGGUUUGUCGGGGAAGGCAUGGAGGAAGGUGAAUUCUCAGAGGCUCGGGAAGAUCUGGCAGCCUUGGAGCUCGAUUAUCGCGAGGUGCAGGAAGACGCUGUUAACACUGAAGAAGAAGAAGAAUACUGAACUGUAUUGAACUCCGCCGUUACUAUAUAUACAUAACAAUUCAAUGCUAAUACAUGUCGUAAUUCGUAAUUCGUAAUACGCUCUACUGCUGUAUCGUAUUUCAAGUCUUUGAUUUUUUAUUUAUAUUACCCAUCGUCAACGGUAUAUUUAUAGACGGAUUGUGUCCGUACAAAUAAAUUAUUUAUAUACAUUCUA